AUGGCUGCAAAAUGUGUUCCUGCGAGCGACUUCACGAUCGGCUGGGUGUGCGCUCUGCCGAUCGAGUUGGCAGCUGCUAGCGGGAUGAUGGACGAAGAGUAUGCGCAACUAGAUUCUCGUCCGAACGAUUCCAACAGGUAUACCUACGGUCGGAUCGGAGUUCACAACAUCGUCGUCGCAUGUCUGCCCGCGGGCCAGAUGGGCACGAACUCGGCGGCCACGGUGGCGAGCCAGAUGAGGAGUAGCUUUGAGUCGCUACGGUUCGGCUUGCUCGUCGGCAUCGGCGGCGGCGUGCCAAAUCUCGAAGAUGACGUCGAUAUCCGUCUCGGCGACGUUGUCAUCAGUCAGCCCUCAGGCCAGUACGGCGGAGUGAUACAGUAUGACUUCGGCAAGACCGGCGCUGACGGUCGUAUUGCCCGGAUUGGAAGCCUCAACGCGCCGCCGACCAUCCUCCUCAACGCCUUGUCUCACCUUCGGGCUAAUGAUAUUCUGGACAAGACAAAGAUUAACGAGUACCUGUUGGAGCUACUAUCAAGCAAGCCAAAGUUCGCGUCACCGGGCCCCGAUAACGAUGUUCUUUACGAAGCCGUAUCGCAAAACGUCUCCAGAGCGAGAAGCAAGAAACGUCGUCGUGAGGAUGUCGUGGAAAGGGAACAACGCAAAAUAACGGCUCCUGCUCUUUUCUUUGGCAACAUCGCAUCCGGGAACCAGGUCAUGAAGGACGGGCCGACGCGUGACAAACAUAGUCAAGAGUUGGGGGGAGUUUUAUGCUUCGAGAUGGAGGCAGCCGGCCUGAUGAACAACUUUCCCUGUCUUGUCAUCCGCGGCAUCUGUGACUAUGCGGAUGCGCACAAGAACAAGCAAUGGCAGCCGUAUGCGGCAGCGACAGCGGCAGCGUUGGCCAAGGAAUUGCUAUGCACUAUCCCAUCGACAGUGUCAAACGCCGAAAACGUAGUCGAGAAUCCCCUUCAUCAACCCCACUUCAUUGUCCCAUUCGGUAGAAACAAGCAUUUUGUCGGCAGAGACGACAUUUUGACGAAGCUCCUCAAGAGAAUUCCACCGAGCGCCGACGAAGACGCUUGCCAAAGGACUGCCAUUAUUGGCCUCGGCGGAAUUGGGAAGACACAAGUUGCCAUUGAAGCUGCGUACCGCGUUCGCCGCGCGCACCCUGACUGCUCCGUGUUCUGGGUGCCGGCAGUAAACACUGCCAUGUUUGACAACCAUUACCGCAAGAUUGGCCAAGCACUCCAGCUCAAAGGCAUUGACGGAGCUGAAGCAAACAUCAAAACCCUGGUUAAAGAUGCCUUGGAACGGGGCGACAUCAACAACUGGCUUCUUAUUAUCGACAAUGCUGACGACAUCGACUUGGUCUUCACUAAGUCAGGGCUUGCGUCAUACAUCCCCACAAGUCGCAAAGGCUCUGUCCUGCUCACAACUCGUAACAACAUUGUCGCUGCGAGAUAUGACCGUACAGUUGCCAUCAACCUUUCCAAGAUGGAUGCCGAAGAAGGUGUAAAGCUCUUACACAGUGGCUUGGAUGAGAGCCAGAUCGACCAGGGGCAAAGCACGACUCAGCUCCUCGUACGGCUCGCGCAUCUGCCGUUGGCCAUCCGGCAAGCAUCUGCUUAUUUGAGAGCCAACCAGGCCACAUCAGUAUCCCAGUACUUGGAAUACUGCGACACAAGCGACGAGGAACAGAUCGCGUUACUCAGCGAAGAUUUCGACGACCAGGAUCGAUACCAAAUUAUUCAGAACCCAGUCGCUACGACAUGGCUGAUUUCUUUUGAGAAUAUUGCGCGAGAUAAGCCCCUCGCAGCAAAAUAUCUCAGUUUUAUCUGUUAUCUCGCGGAGAAAGAUAUUCCAAUGGCUCUGUUGCCUCCUGGGGACAACACCAGACAGUCUAAUGAAGCAAUCAACACACUCCUGGCCUAUGCCUUCAUCCAGAAGCGAAGCUCCGCAAAAAGUUUUGAUGUUCAUCGUCUGGUACGCUUGGUCAUGCGGACCUGGCUGAGGGAACACGACAAAGAAGAGCAGCAGAUAACAGAGACGAUCAACCGACUAUCUGUGGCGUUUCCUUUGCCGAAAAUAGACGAUAAGAGAGAUUGGAUUGUCUACGUACCACAUGCACAAGCAGUCUUGAAGAUGUCGAAGCUGAGAAACAAUGGGAAAGCGCUCUGGGAUCUGUUGCGUAAAGUAGGAGACGGCUAUCGAUGCGUUGGCAAGUACGCAGAGGCAGAGAAAACGCAUCGAGAGGUACUGGAGCUGAAACAGGGGAUACUGGAACCAGAUGAUCCAGAAGUCCUCGAUAGUCUGCGCGACUUAGGAAAUACCCUGGGCUAUUCCGCCUUAAAUGUGGAGGAUGACCAAGCGAAGUACCACGAGGCGGAAACCAUGUUUCGGAGAGAACUGCAGUCACGGAUGAAAAUAACCGGACUAAAAAACUUUCAUACUAUCAGAGCUCUGGAAAACUUGGCAGGUACACUUGGAGAACAAGGUCAAUACGUAAAGGCAGAGCAGAUGUACCGGCAGGUAGUGAAGUUAAGAACGAGGUUAUACGGGCUAGAGGACGGCCUGACCAUAAAAUCCCUAAUUUCUGUCGCAGAUACCCUUGUGGAGCGACAGAAGUAUGGGAAGGCAGAGAAGAUAUAUCGAAAAGCACUUAGAUUGAGUGAGAGGGGCUUAGAGCCAGAGAAUCUUGUCAUUCAAAAACUCUUGUCUCAGAUGGCGUUUUUACUGAGAAAGCAAGGGAAAGUCAUUCAGGAAGAGCGGAUGUCUCGACAUGUACUUAAAUGGAACAUGAAGUUUCGGGGACCCGAAAAUAAGUUCACGCUUGACAGCGCGGAAGGAGUGGCAGAUACGCUUGAGCGCCAAGAGAAGUAUGACCAGGCAGAGAGAUUGAGGCGGCAUGUGUUUGAGGUUAAGGAGAGGGUUCUAGGAUUAGAGGACCAUGAAACCCUCGAUUCCAUGAAAAGCUUAGCAAAUUUACUAACCAAACAGAGGAAGCAUGAAGAGGCAGAGUCGUUGAAUCGACUGGAUUUAGUAGUCAGGGAAAGACUCUCAGGACCAGAGGAUCCUCGUACCAUCCGGGCCAUGGAAAGCUUGUCAUGGACGCUGUGUGAUCAAGAUAAGUUUGAAGAGGCAGAGUCAUUGAGACGGCUGGUGUUAGAAGUCAGGGAGAAACUCUCAGGACCGGAGGAUACUCGUACUAUCCAGGCCAUAGAAAGCUUGACAUUUACGCUGGAUAAACAAGGCAAGAUUAAGGAGGCAUGGAAAAUGCGCCAGCGAAUAAGGAAUCGAAGGAGAAGCUAG